AUGUCGUUCCGCGAUCUCCGCAAUUUUACUGAGAUGAUGAGGGCGCUGGGGUAUCCUCGACUCAUAUCCUUGGAGAAUUUCCACACCCCAAACUUCAUGCUUGUGUCAGAAGUGCUGCUGUGGCUGGUGAAAAGGUAUGAACCUCAGAGUGACAUUCCUGGGGAUGUGGAGACAGAGCAGGACCGGGUUUUCUUCAUUAAGGCCGUGGCUCAGUUCAUGGCUACCAAGGCUCACAUCAAGCUGAACACAAAGAAGCUGUACCAGGCUGAUGGAUAUGCUGUGAAGGAGCUGCUCAAGGUCACCUCGGUGCUCUACGGGGCCAUGAACACCCAGGGAGGGGAGCCUGCACACCUCCCUGAUGAGGACAGCACCAAGUUCAAGUUUGAUCUGGGCUCAAAAAUUGCUGACUUGAAGGCAGCUAGACAGCUUGCUUCUGAAAUCACCUCCAAAGGAGCAGUCCUGUAUGACUUACUUGGCAAAGAGGUGGAACUGAGGGAAGCAAGGACAGAAUCUAUUGCCAGACCUUUGGAGAUAAAUGAGGCUGAGAAGGUGAUGAAAAUUGCCAUUAACAACGUUCUGGGAGAAGUCCAAAAGACUAAAGACAUGUUGAAUAAUGUGGCUUUGGAUGAAGCCAAUUUGGAAGCCAAGAUUGAAAAACGAAAAUUGGAACUGGAAAGAAGCCAGAAGAGGCUGCAGACUCUGCAGAGUGUUCGCCCUGCUUUUAUGGAUGAGUAUGAGAAGAUUGAGGAGCAGCUGCAGAAGCAGUACAGUACUUACCUAGAAAAGUUCCGAAAUCUGACCUACAUGGAGCAGCUCCUGGAUGAUCAUCGACGGGCAGAGCAGGAGAUGUUUGAGGAAGCAGCCAACAUGUUACAUCUUAUUCAGAGCAGGCUGAAGGAGGAGGAGCAGCACCUGCUCAAGAGUGGCAGUAAUGACGACUCUGACAUAGAAAUCCAGGAGGAUGAAGGAUCUGACAGCGAGGGGGAUUUGCAGAUCACGAGGCACCGCAUCAGCACAGAAGCUCUCCUGCAAGGAAGAGUUGGCACACGGAUCGUGGGAUCAAUGCAAGGUGGAGACACAGAGGAAGAUGGGACCCCAGCCCCAGCACGGCCAGGCCGGCGCAAGGCACAGGAUGACUCAGGGGAUAGUGAGAUUGACCUGGAUGAAGAUGAAGAUGAGGAGGAGGAGGAUGAUCUGGAAGAUGACAGCAUGGAAAUCUCCCCAGGCAAAUCCAGUCUCCGAGCAAGGAAGCCAGAGCCACUGGAGCAAAGUGAUAAUGACUUCUGACCCUUCAGUAGCAGGAGGCCUGUGGAAGCACA